UCUCUGCUACCUUCAUUCUCUUCGAUCUGUGAUCCUAGCUAGUUAUCACUGUGUCAUGUGAUCAUGGGAUUUCAGAAGCCUGCGUGGUUGGAAGCACUUUAUGCACAGAAGUUCUUUGUUGGAUGUUCAACCCAUGAGACAUCAAAGAAGAAUGAAAAGAACAUUUUCUGUUUAGAUUGUUGCACCAGUAUUUGCCCUCAUUGUUUACCAUCACACAGGUUUCAUCGUCUUCUUCAGAUUCGUCGUUACGUAUAUCACGACGUCGUUCGAUUGGAAGACCUUGACAAGCUUAUAGACUGCUCUAAUGUUCAACCCUACACCAUUAAUAGUGCUAAAGUGGUGUUCAUCAAGAAAAGACCACAAAGUAGACAGUUUAAGGGCUCUGGUAACUACUGCACUUCAUGUGAUAGAAGCCUUCAAGAACCUUACAUUCAUUGCUCUCUAGGGUGCAAGGUGGAGUUCGUAUUGAAGCAGAUGAAGGACCUGUCCCCUUACUUGAGAAAUUGCAAAACAUUACAACUUAGUCCAGACUUUUUGAUACCUCAAGACAUGAGUACAGGAGAGGAGGAGGAGGAGGAGGAGGAGAUGAUGAUGAUCACAAACGAUGAAACACCCAAUUCAACAGUGGUGGACAGUGAAGAACCAAUGAGCUCAUCAUCUUCAGGAUCGUUAGGGUGUGGUGGCGAGAGCAUGAGCAUGAGCAUGAGAAUGGUUUGUAGUGAGUUUGUUCGAAAGAAGAGGAGUAGUGGUGGAGUGUACGUUUGUGCGAGGUUAUUAGCUAAUACAACAUCAUCAGUUUCAUCAGAUGAUCAAGACAUGAUGAUGAUGGCUACAAGCAUGAUGAGUAGAAGAAAAGGGAUACCUCAUAGAUCUCCACUCUGUUAACCCAAAU